AUGCCUCAAGAGACCCCCGCCUCGUGCCUGCUGUUCGUGCGCAUCUGCCAACUCGCCAUCCGCGGCAAAGACGUCGCCGACCUCAUCCACCGACUCCAAAGUCUGUCUCUCGAAUACCAGCAAGCUACUGGCGGACGUGCCAUCGAAGACGAUGCGCUGAAAGCUAUCCUCAUCAACCAGGUGUUUGGCAUCGCAGAGUACCACAUUGUCAUCCGAGCUAUGGGAGAGAGGGGUGAGUUGACCGACUACUACAGUGUUGCGGCGGCGUUGCAGAGCAAGUGGGAAGCGAUUCGUUAG